AUGACGGUCCCCGACAAGACUGAAGCAGCGCAGCGGCUGGCCGUGCAAACAGAUGUUGAUGCGAUAGUUGCCGCAGCCCAGCGCUUCAUGGGUGCUGGUGAUGGUGAUACCACCGGCGAUGAGGCUAAGCUCGACCUUCAGAGAAAGGCGUCCAGCCUGAUCCAAACCCUCCGGGGCCCUGUUCCCUCCGCGCUGUCUUCCUUUGAAGAUGUUAUGGGAUCCCUGCGAACUCUGCUGGCGGCCGGGGUCUUUCACACCAUCCCCAAGGGCGGAGCUCCGAUGACGGCCCGCGAAAUCUCGUCCCGGACGGGCAUGGAGAAGAGCGUCCUGGUACGCCUGAUGCGAGCCGUGACGCCAUUCGGUCCUUUCCGCGAGACCGGCGAAGAGGAGUAUGCCCACACGCCGUACUCUGAGGCAUAUCUGACCGCGGACAUCGCGGGCUGCUUCCCGGUAAUGGCGGACUUCAUCUUCGGGCCAGUCUUGCAGAUCUGCGACUUCCUUGGCCAGCAUGACUGGAAAGACGCCAUCACGACCCGAAACAACCCGUUCACCCUGGCCCACAACUGUCCGGGCGAGACGAUGUUCGAGUACCUCUACAAGAACCCGAAGCAUGUUGCCCCUGUGACCAAGGCCGAGGCGGCCGACGUGGAGCAAAUGGCCAUGGAUCGGUACCCAUGGGAGGAUCGGCUAGGCGGUGCCGCCGAAGAUCGUGUUGCCCUCGUCGACAUCGCCGGCAGCCAUGGCAACGCCACGCGCCAGAUCAGGAAGAUAGCCCCGGGCUUGCAGGGCCGCCGGUUUAUCGUACAGGAUCUUGAGCCCGUCAUUCGUGAACACAGCCGGACGCUGCGAGCCGAUGGGAUCGAACCGCAGGUUUACGACUUUCUGAAGCAAGCCCAGCCAAUCCGCGGCGCCGCAAUCUAUUACUUCCGGCGCAUCUUCCACGACUGGCCGGAUGUUCCGGAAGCGAUGAAGAUCCUCCAGAAUACGGCGGUCGCAAUGGAUCGGAGCCAGUCCCGGCUCUUGAUCCACGACAUCAUCGUCCCGGAGACGGGAGCGACCAUGACUCACGCUUGGCAAGAUCUGAGCUUGAUGGCCAUUGGAGGCAUCGAACGCACCGCGAAGAACUUUGCAAGCCUGCUGGACAGUGCCGGGCUUGAGCUGGUGCAGGUGUGGAGGAAGCCGGGAGAUAUCAUGGGGAUUGUCGAGGCUAGGCUUAAAUGA